UCACAUGAAAAUUGAAAGUGCAUUAAAAGCCAGCAUGUGCGGGAGAUAGAUAGAAGGAGACAAACGUGGCAUCCGUACAGCAGUGACCUGAAAUGUGAAAUACUGAAUAUUUUAAAGAAUACAGAACAUAUAACAGUGAACGCCUUGGGGAUGUUUUUGAGGAACAUGUGAGCUUCCUAUUUAAGCCCCAUUUGAGCUCUUAAGCAACUUUUUGUGCCGCGCAGAAAGCAGGAGUUCAAGACAGACAAGAUUGCAACAUGUGGAGAAGUUUUCACAUAGUGUAGAGGAGAGAAGGAGAUUCACAUGAACUGAACCAGCCCAACACAUGGCGGUUCACAGUGCAGUUAAUGGGACAACAGCCAUCCCAUGGAGGAGCAGCAGGAGGAGGCUGACCCUCCUGGAGCAGCUGAAGGGCUGUCAGGAGGCCUGGUGUCCUGGGCCACCCUGGGACAGAGAGGCGGCCCACGCUGCUAUCUGUGGAACACCUGCUGGGAGUUUCCUGGUUGUGCGGGACUCUGCGACAUCUCAGCCCAGCCUUCUGUGCGUGUCUGCUGGAGGAGAGCAUGAAGCAGUUCUUGAUUAUGAUAUCAAAUGCACAGAAACAGUCUUCCAGUUGUCUGAGUCUCGUCUGUCUUUCUCGGACUUGGCUCAGCUGGUGAUCUUCUACUCUCUGACCAGGGACGUGUUGGCUCUUUGUCUAUCCUUUCCUCAGUGGAUCUCCAGUGUAACCGGGAGGAACAAAGAUCGUCUCUCUCAGCUUGAACCUCAAACCUGGCUUUGUACACCACCUGACCUGCAGACUGAUGAAAUGACCCAAAGGGAGCCAAGCACUGUAAUGUGCUCCAUACAGUUGACGUCCACCAACGGAGCCCUGUGUGUCAUCAAUCCUCUCUAUCUUCGUGAACAUGGAGAUGAGUGGCUGACAAACCGGACAGCUGGUAUUCAGUCCCCCACACAGCCAUUAAAUUACAGGCGAGAGCGACGCCUCAGCACCACCCGUACAUGGGCAGGGGCAGGGAUACAGAGUAAACGAGCCAUCUCAUUGGACCAGGAACCUUCUGCUGCCAUUAUUGAGAGCUCAGGUCUAAUCAGAGCCCAAUCAGCAGAUUCACCACCAUUCUCCUCAACAUCAGCUGCCUCAGCAGGGGUGGUCCUCAGGAGACCCAGCCGAGAUUCUGUCUCCAGCUUCUCCGACAGAGAGAGCACUGAGAGCUUGCCCUCCAUGCCUGUCAGUUUUGACAGCCCAGCAUCUGAGCUGCAGUACCAUGGCAGCCCAGUUCCUCAGUCUCCUCACAGGGUGUCCUGGAUCGAGGAUGGAGUCUGGCUGCCUCCACCCAGGCCUUCCUCCUUUCUUCAGCCCCCAUCGCUGGAGCUCGAUUCAUUGUCAAUCAGCAGCAUAGAGGAGGAACAGGAGAUUCAGACGCCAAGCCCCACACCCCACCACCCGUCGGCGCACCGGUUGGCUGACAAAGUCAUACAUCGCCUCUCAGCGGUGGGUCAGGCUCUUGGUGGGCUGGUAUGUCAGAAGAAAAGACUAAUCAAUCGUGUGCAGGAGCUGAGCGAGCGGAGAGGUGGGGCGUUUGCAGAGGCUGUAAAAGGAUUUGCGGAGAUGACACUGAAAAAAGGGGCUGAUCCUGGGGGGGUCACGGGGUCAGAGUUCUUACAGGAAGUGAGGUCAUCGCUCACAUCAUUGAGGGAGACACUGUUGGACUAUCCAGAAAUCCAGGCAAUAUUGGAUGGCAUAACUGACUUAAAUGACUCAGAGAUUGACUCCUUGGUGGAGCUCUCCCUGCACAAGGUGGCUCUGAAGCCCGUGUCCACACACCUCUACUCCUGCAUUUACAUCUCCCGUACCAAUGACGGCAGUCUUGAGGGACUCCAGAACAACCUGCGUGUGCUGGAGGAGAACGGGGUGAAGGAGCUAGGGGGGUCAGCAGGAGUCGGAGUUCCUGACUCUGUGACCCUGGAGCGGAUCCAGCAGAGGUGGGCUAGUAUGCAUGAAGCCUACUCCCCGAACAAGAAGGUCCAGAUCCUGCUCAAAGUCUGCAAGAGCAUCUACCACAGCAUGAAUGCUAAUGUAACCUCAGGUGUGGUGUUUGGAGCAGAUGACUUCCUGCCCUGCCUGACAUGGGUGCUGCUGCGUAGUGAAGUGGUCACUUUACAGCAAGACACAGACUACAUGAUGGAGCUGCUGGACCCCACACAGCUACAGGGAGAGGGAGGCUACUACCUUACAACUCUAUACGCCUCUCUCUACUACAUCAGCAGCUUCCGGCCACGCUUGGCUGCCCGUCAGCUCAGCGUUGAAGCCCAACACUCUCUCAAUCAAUGGCAUCGCAGGCGCACCCUGCACUGCAACCAAUCUCGUCGCAGCAAGAACCGACGGACCAUUCGCAGGCAGGUGUGCCGUGACAGGGGCUCACAGGACUCUGAAACAGAGACUGGGAGUAAAGAGGAGAGUAAGAAAGAAAAAGAUUGUGUUGAUGUUGAGUCUCAGCAGCAGACAGAAAGCAGCACAAAUGCUCUGCAGACGCUGAGGGAGGAGACAGCGAAAGGACAGCAGCAGCAGACUCUGCUGGAGCAGGAGAUGAGGACAAAGGAGGGCCUGAGAUAAAAAACAUUAUUACCUUUGGACCACACAUUUGAAGAUGGUGAAAUUACCUCAGCAUUUUCUCACUGGGUUGAACCCUCCCUGAAGCUUCCACAUAAACUCCCAGCAUAUCCCAUCAUGCCCAUCAUUCCUCUUCUAAAGAGGCCAAAGAAAGCUAAAGAUCAGUGUCAUUAUCACACUGGUGUCAGUGAAUUAUCAAAAUGUGUGUUACUUAUUAUACUGUGGUAUUAGUUUGAGGAUCCCAACCUGGCAGUCGGGAGGUCACAAAAUCUAAAAGGGACAAAGAAAGAGGAAAAAAAAUCUGCUUAAUUUUUCUCAAACCUUUUUCUUGUCAGGUACUGGAUAUUUACAUCUCUUCAGGGUUCUAAAAACCUUUCAAAUUCAACAAUCUGAGUAGGAAAAAUCACCCAAUUCAUGUCCACACUUAGGACCAUAACCUGAAAUGGGGGGUCACAAGUAGAUACUGCAUCAGUUUGAGAGGUCACAAGCCAAAGAAGUUGGGCGGUGUGUGUGAGUUGAACUGUAAAGAAGAGAAGUGUUCGUGUGUUGUUGAAACCACAUAAAAAAAAUGUAUUGUUCCUUUUUAGCUGAUAAUUUGGUGACUUUUGUACAUCAAAUAAUUGAUCACAUUGAUCCAUUAAUAGUAUAUUCCCAGUCAUCAGCCAUCAAUCCACUUUUUCCCAGAUAUGCAUAGAUAUGCAAGCAAGCUUAAAUGUUAUUUGAUGCAGGAGAUUUGGCAAACCUUAUUCAGAAUACUGAUAACGCUCAUAUUUAGGUUACAUUUUGUAAGGUGCAAAAUCAUUUGGGAUUUUUUAAUAUGCUUAUUAAUUUAAUCUAAUGCAAUUUUUGACUUGUUAAUAUAUUAAUAUGAAAGUAACAACAGCUAAUAAACACAAUUUCAAAAUGAA